AUGGAGUCCACAGACUAUGAGUCACGGCGCAAGACGCAAAACAGAGAAGCUCAGCGUCGUUAUAGACAAAAGCAAAAAGACCGCGUCAGCCAGUCUCAAUCCAGGGAAAUGGACACUGACUCGGGCAUGCAGCUCAAUGGCACUGGCGAAGACUGGCCAGGCAGCUACGGAGUCAAUGAAGUCGGCUACGCAGAUCAUAUGACAUUUGAGGACGGGACCUCGCUAAUGGACCAUGCUGGUGACAGUGUCAACAUAUUUCCAGUAUGUCGCGCAAACAUUCUCUUUGUGUUCUGCCUGUUCCUGUUCACUGCCGCCGCCGCCCAUAGCACCAUGAAACUUGUCCUGCCGCGAAAAUGGUCCGGACCAGGCUUACACCUCCUAGUCCACCAGUUACUCAGGCGAGAGCGCCGAACCAUGUUUUGGCCUUAUGCAGCAAACUUCUUUUCAGCACAAGCACGAACCCGAGCCCGAGCAACAAGCACUAGCACAAGCAGCAGAAGUUCCUCAAGAAGCGACAGCAGCGGCCCAAACUCAAUGGGCAAGUCCUCCUCCUCCUCCUCCAAGCUGCCAAAGAGCCACGCCAAGAUUCACGCCAAAAUCGACCGCAUGGUUGAUGAGCUUUCCCAAGUCUACGACUUUGGCGUGGAAAUGCAGCUCAUAUCGCCGGAUGAGCAGCUCUACGGCUCAAUCAGCUUCAUGAAGACACAAUUCCACCGUUCUAUCAUCCGUGCUGCAAAGUCAUCCUAUCGAAGAUAA